AUGUUUGACAUCAACGGCGGCAUGUUUGGUUGGCUGAAGGGGAAAGGCGAACAGUUUGUACAGGACAUCUUCCACGAGACGCUUGAUCCCGUCUGUCAGGUGGACAUGUCGCCGAGCGAAGCGUGGGAGAAGGCUGUCGUUCUAGACAUUGGGUCCAACACCGGCUUCUACGGCUUGCUUGCACUGGCGAAGGGCUGUGCUGUUGUUUUCGUGGAGCCGCAGCCAGAGUGCAACGUGUUAAUCUCGCAGUCCAUCCGUGAAAGUGGCUUGGAUGAGCGGAAGGUAAGGCGCGUGCAACAGCCGGUGGGUCGACAGGAGGAGUGGGGCAAAUCUCUGGCGGUGUGGCCUGGCAACCAUUGCUCUGGGAGGUUUCCCGUCGAAAAUGCGGAGCGCGGGCACAAGGACGCGUUUGGGUCUGAUGGAGCGUCGCAGGACACCCAGAUGGCAACGCAAAUUCCCUUCCUGCCGGUGUCCGACAUGCUGGAGCUGGUGGGCUUGUCUGACAGCAGCAAGAUACAACUGAUCAAAGUCGACACUGAAGGAAAUGAACUUCAGAUACUGGAAGCUAUGCUGCCGCUUCUUCAAUCUUGGCAGAUUUCGAACAUGGUGGUGGAGGUGACUCCGAUGUGGUGGCACCACACGGGAUACUCCAGGAACGAGGGAGCUGAGAUCUUCGAGGGCAUUGCUGCCUUGGGCUUUGCUGGGAGCACGAUUCGGGGGCACAGCGUACAGGACGCCACAGCCAUGCGCGACUAUAUUCUGCACGGACACAUCUAUCAGGAGAUGCUGCUGCGGGCAUUGAACUUCUGCAGUGCAGACCAAAUCAAGGUGACUCUGGAGAGUGCCGGUACGGUCUUGGCAGAGGCCAUGGUUCCGAUGAGGGCUGCGCUGCCAGAUGUGCUGCUGGCGUGUGCCGGUUCCGACUCUCAGGUGGAUGAGGCACAGCUUCUCUCCUCGAAGGUGUGGCCGCCGCGGCACCGGGCGGUCUUGCGGCCGACGGGCCUGGAGGACUUCAGCGCGCCAGGCGUUGUCGGCGUGCCCUCGCAGCUUCCAUACGUCGAGUUCGAGUUGCUUCAGUUGGUCGAUGGCUCUUUGCCUGCUUCCUUGGGGAGCAAGCCUCUGCUUCUGGCACUGGAGAACAAGCAGGAGCAGCUCGUGCGGGGGUACCUGUCUUUCGACUACGUUGAAAGGCUCAGCCUUCAGGAGCAGGCACUCUGUGUGACAGCUGCUAUUCAGCAGUCACCCUUCAUGCUCCUGCAGCUGCUGGAUCAGAUCCAGCCUUCUCAUGAGCACCUCCUCCUGGCCAUCCGCCUCGGACAAGACCACCUCAUCGAGCCAAUCCUGCAGGCUGGAGGUCUCUCGCUGAUGCGCUCGCCAGGGGCUCAGUUGGGGCCAGACUGGGGCGCAGGUCCAGCCAUGGCAAGCACUUUCGAUAUGGCGAUGUUUCAGCGAUUGCCAAAUCUAAGCGGUCUGCACCGCUUCGCCUGGACGGGAAGCCGAAGCUUGAAGACGUUCCCCCAGAUCAACCCGCAGACUUCCGAGACGUUCAAAGUGUACGAAGAGAUGACGGGUGCAGAAGUGCAGCAGAUUCUCGCAAGCGCCACCACCGCUCAGCAGGCCUGGCGGCGCCGCCCUGCCUCGGAGCGGGUCGCGGCAUUCGCGCCGCUGGGGGAGGCGCUGCGCAGCCGCGCGGAGGAGGUCGCAGAUCUCGUCUGCCAAGAGAUGGGGAAGCCUGUAGCGCAAGGAAAGGCAGAGGUGCUGAAGUGUGCAUACCUGGCGACCUGGCAAGUUGUGGACCAUGUCGACUGGUAUGUAGAGAACGGUGCGAAGUUCUUGGAAGACACGGAGUAUCCGGCGCUUCCAGGUUUCAAGAAGUCGUUCGUGACCUACCAGCCACUGGGCACUGUGCUGUCGGUCAUGCCCUGGAACUUCCCAAUCUGGCAAGUCAUCCGUAUGGGGAUACCAACCCUCAUGGCCGGCAACGCGGUGCUUCUGAAGCACGCGCCAAAUUGCUUUGGCAGCGGCCUGGUCUGUGAGGAGCUGUUGGCCAAGCUGGACAUCCCGGAUGGCCUCUUCCGAUCCCUGCUGAUUGAUGUACCGCAAGUGUCAACUGUUCUGGAGCACCCUUCCGUGCAAGGAGUGGCGCUGACAGGCUCCGAAGGCGCGGGCCGGGCGGUGGCAGCCAAGGCCGGUGGUUUGCUGAAGAAGGCGGUCAUCGAGCUUGGGGGCAGCGAUGCCUACGCGGUCCUGGCAGAUGCAGACCUGGACCUAGCGGCGGAGGCGGUGGUUAAUGCGCGUGUCGCCAACUCGGGUCAGACAUGCAUCGCCCCGAAGAGGGCUAUUGUGGACAAGCGCGUCAAGGCUGCCUUUGAGCAGAAGGUUUUAGAAAAGGUGGCCUUGAAGAAGUAUGGCGUCGACUUCGGACCCUUGGUGCACCCCAAGGGCCGAGAUGAUGUGGCGGCACAAGUGGCCGAGACUCAAGCACAGGGUGCCAGGCUUCUCUGCGGUGGGGCCAGUGAGCCGCCAUCGGGCGACUGCAAGUCCUUCUACCCACCCACUGUGCUGACGGACGUGAAGCCAGGCAUGACGGCCUUUGAGACGGAGAUCUUUGGUCCUGUCAUUGCCAUCAUUGAGGCACCAGCCGAGGAUGAGGAGGACGUCCUGCGGCUCUCGAAUCAAACAAGCUAUGGCCUGGCAGGGGCUGUGUGCUCUGUCUGA